GCCUAUUUUGCAAAAACAGGGCAUAUUGGGCGAUAAGGAACGCUGUCGUUUGGUUGCAAUUGACGAUUUGGCUGCCUCUUCGCCGGCAAGCCGGUAACCUCCCUGUGAACUCCAAAACCCAGGCCUAACAUGAUCUUCUAAAGUCUAAAGAGACUACAAACGCUUUCGUCAUGUUUUCUCCGGCCGCCAGUCUCCACCGUGCAGCCACAGUUCCCCGCAUUAUAAAUCUUAAGCCCUCCAAACGGUCUUUAUUAAAUCACAAGUUACCGCCGCGCUCAGCCAACCAGAGCUUCUCUCAGUGCUUUACUGUUAAAAGUUGCGAAUGCUCAUCUCGGAGAUUCCAAUUGUCCCCAAUUAAAGCUUCUCCGAACGAUUCUCGACCUGUUGGUAGCGGUCCUUUCGUAGAAGGAGAAGGAGGGCAGGAACCGAGUUUCAUGGAGUUCAUUACUUCAGAGAGACUGAAAGUGGUGGCUAUGUUAGCAUUGUCUCUGGCUUUAUGUAACGCCGACAGGGUGGUAAUGUCCGUGGCUAUUGUUCCCAUAUCAGUAUCUUAUGGUUGGCGUCAAUCAUUCGCCGGCAUUGUUCAGUCAUCUUUUCUAUGGGGUUACCUGAUAUCGCCAAUUGCCGGAGGGACGCUGGUGGAUUAUUUUGGCGGAAAGGUAGUUUUAACAUGGGGUGUGACACUAUGGUCUUUAGCAACUUUCCUAACUCCUUGGUCUGUUGGUGUUUCCUUGUGGGCACUACUUUUUAUGCGGAUGUUGCUUGGCAUAGCAGAAGGUGUAGCUCUUCCCUGCAUGAACAGUAUGAUUGCAAGAUGGUUUCCUCGGACAGAACGAUCAAGGGCUGUAGCGCUUGCAAUGGCUGGGUUUCAGCUUGGAAGUGCUAUUGGGCUCACACUUUCUCCAAUUCUCAUGUCACAAGGUGGUCUAUUUGGACCAUUUGUCAUAUUUGGUCUAUCUGGCUUACUUUGGGUCUUGGUUUGGGUAUCUGCAAUUUCCAGUACACCUGAGCAGAGCAAUCAAAUUUCAGCACAAGAACUGUGUUACAUACAGCACAAUGGGCUCAACCAUUCUGCAUUUAACAGUAAAAUGAAAACCGCCAAAGUGAUCCCACCUUUCAGGCGCCUGCUAUCUAAGCCACCAACAUGGUCUCUAAUUGUUGCAAAUUGCAUGCAUAGCUGGGGAUUUUUCGUCAUACUUUCGUGGAUGCCAAUUUACUUCAGAACUAUAUACCGUGUUGAUCUCAGACAAGCAGCGUGGUUUAGUGCGGUCCCGUGGAGUAUGAUGGCAUUAAUGGGCUAUGUUGCUGGUGUUUUAUCUGAUUGGAUGAUCCAAAACGGUAAAAGCAUUACAGUAACGCGCAAAGUCAUGCAAUCAAUUGGGUUCUUUGGGCCCGGGGUUGCUCUUGUUGGUUUAACUACGGCUCCAACUCCAACAAUAGCAUCAGCUUGGCUUACUUUAGCUGUUGGGUUGAAAGCAUUCAGUCACUGUGGUUUCCUGGUAAACCUUCAGGAAAUCGCCCCCCAAUAUUCAGGUGUUCUGCAUGGUAUGUCAAACACUGCUGGUACACUUGCCGCCAUAAUAGGAACUGUUGGUGCUGGCUUCUUCGUCGAGUUAGUUGGUUCUUUCAAAGGAUUUUUAGUGCUCACAUCUUUUCUCUAUUUUUGUGCUGCUAUCUUCUACAAUGUCUUUUCUACAGGAGAGAGGGUUAACUUUGAUGACACCUCUUAGGCAGACCACCUUAAACAGUGUAAAAAUGUAAAAAAAUACUUCAGUCGUGGACAGCAAAGUUUGUCCGAUAAGGGUUGUGGAUUUUAAGACCAAUUUUUCAACAUGGAAAGCUGGAAAUAAGGAUGUAUAGAACCAUUGAAUAGGUAGAGGCACUGUUCUAAAAGUCGCUCUAGGCGCCCGACUAGUCCCUGCCUAGGCGCUAGGCGGUGGUCGGGCACCCCGAUUUUUGUCUAGGCGCUCCGACUAAUUGGUUUGACGCUUAGGUGAAUUAGUCGGCCGCCUAUGGCGCCUAGUUGCCCGCCCAAAGUGCCUAAUCUCCGCCUAGGGUGUCUAGAUUCAUCAAACAAUUUUUUAUUUUUAUUUUUCUUUUUGUAAGAGAUAUAUGUACCUUUAACUUUAAUCACGGAUAUGAAGAAAGAUACUUGUAAAGUAAGAUAAAAACUAUAUAUGUUUGUAUAUAUAUAUACAUAAAUUUGUAUUAUUUUUU